GACGAACACGAAAACUACACGGUUUCGUACUAGCGGGCCGUGCUCCAGUUAGAUGCGGGCAAACCCUAGGUUAACCCGUAGGAUAUAUGAUGGGGGAGACUUUGGUAUCGAGGAACUCGGUGGCGACAACAAUCCUAGGUAGAUCGAGAUCUGAAUAAUCCCCUCUCCAAUGGCAGCGGCAGCGCUUCGAUCUGCUGCGACGAAGGUCUGCGGUCGCGCCUUUGAGCGACCGAAUUCGUAUUUUACGACCGCCCUCAAGGAGGAACAGAGGCGGCUGCUGCAAAGGAUUAGCCAUGGCCGUAGCUCACUUCGCCGGUUCAGUUCCUCAGAAUCACCAAACCUUCUUAAUAAUAACAAGCAUCUUCCCACAAAUAAUGCAGAACCCCUUACCAGGCAAAUCCAGGAAAAGAAACAAGAGUUGCUUCAUUUGCUCCGCCAGGCAGAUCAUCCAAAGUGCGCCAUGGAGCUUGAGAAUAAGAAGCUGCUCCACCUGCUUGGGCGAACUCCUGGGCCUGCACCAGUCUCUACUAUUGAAUUUGUAGAGAAACAUCUAUUUAAAAUAGUCACGGGCACGCUCGGUGCAACAGCUGCACUCUUGUACAUAGAGGCAAAGUUUAUCUUUCCUUUAUUUAUAAGGGAGGAGGAGCAGCCUUCUUUGGAGAAAGCAAAGUGACCAACUCGUUCACGUGUAAUAGCUGUAUAUAUAUGGACUGUUGUUGAACAAUGUUUAUGGAGUAUUACUUUUUCUUUUAUAUCU